AUGAAUCGUACAGAACCAGUAAAUGAAGAUGAGUUACAUCUGGUCAUUGAUGAUGAGAUACUUCCCCAACAACAAACAACAACGGCUGCAGUGGAUACUUUUGAUUGGGAAGAAGAAUUAAAGAAACAUCGGGAUAACAAUGCACACCUAUCUAAAGAAUUUGAGCAAUUAGGAGAGGAGGUAAGACCAUCAAACGAUGAGAUCGUCGUCAUGGACGAAGAGUUAUCGGACGAAGAUCGGCUUGCUUAUGAAAGAGCAAAAGCACAAUGGGAUUCAGUUCAAUUGCUCCGAGAACAUCAGCAUUACGGUGAGGAAAGCUCUAAGGUUACCGAGAUUGAUAAUCGUGAGGUGAAUAUUUCGUUUGAUGAGGCUAUGAAGUAUUUUAAAUCAUUAAACUUAGGACAAGAAAAUGAUUUGGCAAAGGAACAAUUGAACACAAGUAGUGAUGGAAAAUCUCUUUUUCAAAAGUUAUUCUCAUGUUUCUCAACAGAAUCAGACGAAGUGCAAACGGAAAAGAUAUUUCUUGUUGCUCUGACCAAUAUUCCAUUAAGUCACGAAAUUGAAGAACAUGAUAGAAUACUCUUUACCUUGUACAAAAAGAUUACAGGAGACAAACAAAAUUGUCCAUCUGUUGGACCUCAUUGGGAGGCUAUUGGAUUCCAAGGAAAUGAUCCAAAAACAGAUUUACGAGGCGUAGGAAUGUUAGGUCUGAUUCAACUUUUAUUUUUUGUAUAUAGCGACGAAAGAACGUUACGUGAUAUAUAUGCUCUGUCACACACACAAAAUUUUCCAAUGGCCGUGGUGUCUCUAAACAUUACACAGAUUGUCCUUAGACUGUUGCUUGACGGAAAACUUGCUCGUUCAAUUUCCAAGUAUGGCUCGGUUUUUGAUGCAUUGAACAUUGCUUAUUCGAGCUUAUUUUAUCAAUUCUAUUUGACAUGGAAACGAGGUCAAAAGAAUAUUACAGAUUUUGACGCUGUCAAAAAAAACCUCACCGCUGACGCCAAUAAGAUGCUUCCAACGCUUAUCCAGGAUUAUUCAAAUAUGGUUGUUAAAAGAGAAACAAUACCAACCGAAAAGAAAGAAGUGAUUGAAUUUAAAUAA